GCCCUCCCUCCCUCAAGUGCUUGAUUGCAUCUCGGGGCCGACAUCCACCAUGUGGGUUUUCCGCACCCUAUGCCUCUCCUUCACCAUCCUCGCUGUAAGCCUCUUGGCGUCGGCUGCCACAGACGGCGCGCAGAAGUUCAACUACGAAAGCGACGUCGCUCGUCUGCGUAAAAUUGUCAUCAACAGUCUCUACUCCCAUCGCGAAGUCUUCCUUCGUGAACUUAUUUCUAACGCCAAUGAUGCACUCGAGAAACUCCGUCUCACUUCUCUCACGGUUCCUGAGGUCCUUGAGGGCGCAGAGAGCAUGAAUGUCACGAUCAAAGCAUUCAGGGACGAAGAUGGCAUCUCCAAGCUCGUCCUUCGUGAUACAGGUAUCGGUAUGACCCCCGACGAACUCACCGCGAACCUCGGUACACUGGCCAAGUCUGGCACCUCCGAGUUCCUUGCCCGCGCAGAGAGCACAGAUGGCACUGGCACUGGCAAUCUUAUUGGCGCAUUCGGUCUCGGCUUCUACUCCAGCUUCCUCGUUGCUGACAAGGUCUAUGUCACUUCCGUCGCUGCCAAGUCUCCCAAGAACCCCGACCCUCAACAGUACGUCUUUGCCUCGACUGCCGACGAGAGCACCUUUGAGGUCUACCCUGACCCACGCGGGAAUGUUCUCGGCCGCGGCACAGAAAUCACGCUUGUUCUGAAGGAGGAUGCGCUCGACUACGUCGACACCCUCAAGAUCAUUGAACUCGUCAACAAGCAUUCUAGCUUUGCGACAACAUUCCCCAUCUACCUUCACACGACUCGCACUGAAGAAGUUCCCGUUGAAGACGAGGAAACAGAGACGACAGAGACGCCCAAGCCCAAGUCUGAGAAUGACGAUGACGAUGAAGAGGCAUCUGUCGAAGAUGUCGAAGAAGAAGAAGAGAAGCCGAAGAAGACCAAGCCUGUCGUCGUUGAGGAAUGGGUUCACCUUAACUCGCAGCCGCCUAUCUGGAUGCGUGACCCGAAGACAGUUACAGACGAAGAAUACGAGAUUUUCUACCAGUCUACUUUCAAGGACUACGAGAAGCCGCUCAGCUGGGCCCACUUCUCCGGCGACUCUGCGGGCACUUCCUUCAAGGCGAUCGUCUAUAUUCCUUCGCAUCUUGACGACUCGUUCUGGCAGAACUCGCAGACCCCUGCGGACAUCCGGCUCAUGGUCAAGCGCGUGUUCAUCAUGAGCGACCUCGGAGAGGAUGCGCUGCCGAAGUGGGCCAGCUGGGUCAAGGUCGUCGUCGACGCGGAUGACCUGCCACUGAACGUCUCGCGCGAGACUUUACAGUCAACGAGGUUCCUCAAGCAACUCAAGGGCAUCAUCGUGAAGCGCCUCCUUCAGAUGCUCGCGAAGCUCGCCGAGAACGCGGAGCGCAAGAGCGAGCUCGAGGAGCUCGAGGAGGAUGGCGGCGAGAUGACCGAGGGGCAGCUCGCGUGGUGGCGCAUGAGCCGGGCUUACAACAACGUACUCAAGCUCGGCGCGAUCGAGGACGUGAAGAACCGGGACAAGAUCGCGGCCCUGGUACGCUUCGCGACGAACCAGCGGAACGAGACGAGCCUGGACCAGUACGUCGAGAACCGGAAGAAGGGCCAGAAGCAGAUAUUCUACCUCGCGGACAUGGGCAAGUCGCCCGAGAUCCUCGCGAAGAGCGUCUUUGUCGAGAAGCUCCACGCGCGAGGGUACGAGGUCCUCCUGCUCGGCCAGCCACUCGACGAGAUUUUGCUCCAGCAGCUCCGUGUGUGGAAGAAGAUGUCGUUCCAGGACGUCGCAAAGUCCGGACUUAAGUUUGGCGAUGAGGAGGAAGAUCCUGAAGAAGAGAAGGAGCGGCAGAAGGAGCUCACGGAGCAGUACAAGCCUUUGAUUGACUGGUUCAAGAAAGAGACCAAUGAUUUUGUCCGCAACGUCGUGAUCUCGAACCGUCUCGUCACCUCGCCUUGUGCCAUCGUCGCAGACGCGUACGGCUAUACUGCCAACAUGGAGAAAAUGCUCAGUGCACAGAACCACGGUCAGGACGACAAGCGCGUCAUGCAUGAUUUUGCGAAGAAGAUGAAGACCCUCGAGAUCAACCCGCGUUCGCCACUCAUCGAAGGCUUGCUGAAGCGCGUCGAGCAGCUGCCGACGGACGAGGAUGCGGAGCGCGACCUCGAGGCGGAGGACGAGCUGCGUGAGGUCACGAGUGUGCUCAUCGACGGCGCCCUCGUCCGCUCGGGUUUCGAGGUGCCUGAUUCGCAUAACUUCUUUGCGCGUGUCGACCGCAUCCUGCGCCGCUCGCUCGGCGUCUCGGAACACGCGCCAACGGACGCGAGCGUGAAGCCCGCGCCGCCGGUCGACCCGUCGCACCCCGCAGACGAGGAGUUCGCGUUCGAUCCCGAGAUGCUCGACCCUGAGAUGCUCGGCCUCAACUUCGGCGAGCCUGUCGUCGAGGAGGACGAGGCACAGAAGGUGUGGAAGGUUGAGGGGCACGACGAGCUCUGAUUUAAAAGUUAAUGUAUAUCUGGAUGGAUUUCCUUCGUGGAUUCGGGAUGGGAAUAUAGCCCGUAAUUUUGUUUGGC